AUGACAGCUUUGAUCCAAGCGCCCCGGGUCCCUGACAGAAUGUCUGGCGUCAUCCUUACCGGUCACGGUGGACCAGAAGUGCUCAAAUACAGAACCGAUCUGCCCGUCCCUGAAUUAAGCGCCACAGAAGUGCUGAUCAAAGUCGCGGCAGCAGGGUUAAACAACACCGACAUCAAUACGCGAAUCGGGUGGUACAGCAAGGGCAUCAAGCAAGGGACGGCUUCAGAAUCAACUGCUGCCAGCGAAACCCGAACAGACGAAGAUGCUUCAUGGUCUGGAAAAGCACUAGAAUUCCCUCGUGUUCAGGGUGCUGACUGCUGCGGAUACAUCGUGGCUGUUGGCUCUUCCGUUUCGUCUUCGCGCAUUGGGCAGCGCGUCCUCGUACGCAGUAUGCUCAUGCAUUACACUUCGAGUGUAGCAUUCGAGUGCUGGACGUUCGGCUCAGAAUGCGACGGCGCGUUCGCUCAGUACACCAAAGCGCCGUCCGCAGACGUGUACGCGGUCAAUGCGCCGUCAUGGACAGACCUGGAGCUCGGCAGUGUGCCGUGUGCAUUUUCUACAGCAGAGAAUAUGCUGCAUCGAAGCCGGGUUGGCCAAGGCGAGACUGUAGUAAUUACGGGCGCGAGUGGCGGCGUCGGUGCGGCCGCAGUGCAACUGUGCAAGCGGCGCGGAGCGCGGGUAGUCGCAGUUUCAGGGAAAGAGAAACAGGGACAGGUUCUGGAGUUAGGGGCUGACGAGGUAGUUGUACGAGGCGAAAGUGUUGUAGGUGCGCUGGGGAGGAUGAGUGUAGAUGUCGUGCUGGAUGUUGUGGGCGGUCCAUCUUUUGCAGAGUUACUCGACGUUUUGAAGAAAGGGGGCAGGUAUGCAACAGCUGGUGCUAUUGCGGGCCCGAUUGUGGAGCUGGAUUUACGAACACUGUACCUGAAAGAUUUAAGCUUCUUCGGCUGUACAUUCCAGGAUGAGGAAGUGUUCGCCAACCUUAUCUCUUACAUUGAGAAGGGGGAGAUUAAGCCGCAUGUUGGGCAGGUCUACAAGCUCCAGGAUAUAGGCGAAGCACAGGAGGAUUUCCAGUUAAAGGCUAGCAGUGGGAAGAUUGUACUAGAUAUAAACUGA